CUGAAAACUAUCUUAUCCAAUAUGUUGAUAACAAAAAAACUUGAAGAAUAAGCAUUUGCGUACAAGUAUGGCAAGUACGUAGCCGUUUAAUAGGGGAAGGAACAAGUGUGACGCAAGGUUCUGGGCCUUCCAUGGAAUUCCUAUCAACAAAUUUCCUACAAUCAGCCUCCACACAAACAUACGCUCUCCCAUGCCUAGACUGUUGAGUUUUAGGACACAGGAAUUAGAAUUUUGGUUACGCAUAGUUGAUAAUGACCAGCAUGAAGAACAGAGACAAAGAGAGCUUUAAUUGAAGUUUCUUCUUGUUUUGCGGAGGAAGCAAAUAGAAUGGUAGCCGUAGUAAAAUUCAUAAAAUUUGUUUUUGUGGUGUUUUAUCGUCAAAGUACGGCAUAGGAAAAUUUCAGCUUCGCCACCCCUCCCCGGCCCACUCCCCACUCCCCACUCCCCUCACAUGCACUUCAUAGCUAUUUCCCAGUGAUCUUUGCGAGUGUAGUUCGUCUCCGCCAUAUUGGCACGUGUGCAAGAAAACUAGUGGAAAAUUGAGGUUAUGGCAAUUUCGAAGGAGAUGAAAUGUGGAGACGUGUUUGUUGACAACUUGUGAGGACCGUCCCUGGACGAAGAUAUGUGGAUCACAGUUAUGCCAUGCAGCCACCCCCUUAUGUAAUUUUCCCCACAUAUAAGGAUGACAGCUUCAAUGCUAUCUCACCACCUCCACUGUAUGAAGUGGAAGUUGUUCUGAGAACAACUACUGAGGAUGAUGAAAGUGUUGUUGGUAAUGAGAAUGGUGACGACAGCAAUGAUGAUGAUGAGGAGGAAGAUGAUGAUGAUGAUGAAGAUCUGGAUCCCCAUUGGUUACCUGGUGAAGAAAAAUUUACUGAUGACGACAAUUUAUUGCCUGAAGAUAAAAAUGAUGGGGACCGUACAUCCAGCAUGCCCGACUGUGAAAAGAAAUACCUGGUAUUUGAUUCACGUCUGAAUAAGUUGCUAAAAAGGUGUCCAGACUGUGGAGAUGUCAUAAUACAACAUGAGAGGAAAACAAAUGGUAGCAUGCCAUCAAUUGAGUUAACCUGCCACAGUGGCCACACCACUUAUUGGGCUUCACAGCCAAUGGUGAAAAAGAAACCCUUAGGUAACCCGUUGAUGGCAGCAUCCAUUCUGUCCACUGGGAACACAUUUGCUGCUAUCAGUCGCUUUGACUCAUCUUUCAAUCUUCAGUUUUUUAGCGAAAGAGUUAAUUACAACACACAACAAAAGUAUUUGAUUCCUAUUGUUAAUGAGACAUGGGAGGCUGAAAGUAGAUGCCAAAUUGAAAAGCCUAAAGGGAAGGCAGUUGUCAACCUUGAUGGUGAUGGCUGUUGUGACAGUCCAGGACACUGCACCAAAUAUAGCACCUACAUGGUAAUUGAUGAUGACACUGGGGAUGUAGUAGCAUUUAAUGUUGUUCAGGUUUCAGAGGUCACUCCUCUAAUGCUAUGGAAAAAGAAAGCUUUUCCAGGUGCAUAGAAAUGCUGGAAAGUAAAGAUGUCACCAUAAGUAGGAUUGCAAUAGACCAUCAUGUGCCCAUCAGCAGUUCCAUGAACAAAGACCACCCAACUAUUAAUCACCAGUAUGAUGUUUGGCACCUCUCUAAGUAGGUGGUCUGGUGCAACCUGCAAUGGUAGUGUGGAUCAUUUGCGUGAAAAAUGGAAAUUUGUGUUGAAUCACACUACCAACAAACAUAAGUGGUCAGGGAACACCCACUUUCAUGAGUGCAGUCACAGGCACAUUUCAUCCUCUGAAGCUAAGAGAAUCUGCUGGCUCAAACUAGGUACCCCGACUCAGUUAGCUUUGGAGGAAGUGGUCCUGAACACUACGCUUUUAAAAGAUCUGGCUAAGCUUACUGACUUCUGCCACAUUGGCACACUCAAGGUCUAUCACUCAAUGAUGCUCAAGAACUUCUCAAAAAGGGAACAUAUUUCGUACCAGAGCAUGGUUUCCAGGACUCAACUUGCAGCACUUGACAACAGUGCAAACACUGGCCAUAAUCAAGCUCGAGUACAGGCAGAAGAACAUGCAGGCAAGGCAUGCUACAAGAUGUGCUUUCCAAAAGCCCAUAAGUGAUGGGUUGUCAAGCCCAUCAGUGAGAAGAAAUCAUACAAUUAUUUGUCAGGUAUGAUUUCAGAAUUUAUCAAGCGGUGUGAGGAAGGGAAUGCAGUUCCCAGCCUUUGCCUGUUCAGCUACCAAAGAACAUUGCUUCAGAGCCAGCACCACUUAAGGCAGACUUGAUACAACAACAUCAGUCAAGAUUUAGCUAAUGAAAAUAGUGUUAUGUAGCUUUAGAAGUAACAGUUAUUUUUUCUUCGUAAUUAAUUUUGGAGAAUCUUGAUAUUGAAGAAUCAUUAUCCAAUUUAGUCUUUGACCCUAACUGGUAAACAUAAUACAUAAAAACCGAUAAAUAUUCUAGUAUACAUCAAUGCCAAAAGAAAAGUAUUUUUUCGGGAACAAGUAGUCAGUUAAUUUACCAAUGAAAGUAAUAUAUACCCAUUGAGAAAAUGAAAACAUGAACAAAAUGACGCCCAUUCACUGGAAACAAUAAACGUAUAUAUGGUACGGUGUAUAUGAGAGAGGCCUAAGUAAGUAAUCAGUAAAUAUUUAUAUAUUAUUUCAACAUUUUCAACUUGUAAACAGUUUUAUGGUAAAUCCAGAUCACUCAUCCCCAUACCAAAACCCUUCAAAGGCAAACUCUUCUUCUGGCUCAAGUGGGGGAUAGAAGUUACGGAUGCACAUAAUGGCCCAAGAUGGAAGAAACACCCUUAUCUCUUUCCCUAAAAUUCCCCAGCACCAUCAGGCCAGUUGCCUGUAGGAUAUAUGUCUAAAUAAUUUAUGUUCUGGCCCAUCAUAAGGAUAAGGAUAAAGAUGUAUUGCUGCUUGUAUUGAAACCAAGCAGUCCUGCAAUAUCCGUCUAUUGAUACAGACUGGAUGAAACCCUGGGUGUUGGGUUAUACAUGUAGGCUCCUCUUGGCAUUUGCCACUUGCGACUGUCUCAAUAUUUUUAUUUUUUACUGCCUCAAUUUCUUGGCAGCAAAUACAUGCCUUCACUCAUUCCAUAAUCUGGCAAUUCUCACAUGAACACCUGAAUUAUAAACAAAAACGCAAUAUCACAUUGCGUUGUGUUCACCAAAAAAAAA